CAUCUUUCAAACACCAAGCAAACAACAUUUUCACUACAAAUUAGCCACAUUCGAUUUGUUAAGAGUGCUAAUUUGAAAAAAAAAUGUCUAAGUUUGCUAUAUCCUCCAUUGCUCUUCUCCUUAUAUUGAACAUUCUUUUCUUCACUAUGGUUAGUUCCACUAACGUCCCAUGUCCACCACCCCCACACCCCAAACCCCACCCCAAGCCUCACCCUACCCCUACACCCUCUACCCCCUCUACACCUUCUACCCCAUCCACUACAUCAUCAAAGGGAAAGUGCCCAAAGGACACACUAAAGCUAAAAGUGUGUGCCAAUUUGUUGAAUGACUUGGUGCACCUUGUUAUUGGAAGUAGCCCAGCCAAGACUGAAUGUUGCUCUUUAAUUGAAGGACUUGCUGACCUUGAUGCUGCUCUUUGCCUUUGCACUGCUCUUAAAGCCAAUGUGUUGGGAAUUCAUCUCAACGUUCCCCUUUCCCUCAGCUUAUUGCUCAACAACUGCGGCAAAUAUGCACCCAAGAACUUCCAAUGCGCAUGAUAAGCUAAAUUUUCAGUUCAUAUAUAUUUAGUUUCUUUAUGUUAAUUUGGUGUUUUGUAUGCUUGUAUUGCUAGUUGCUUGUUUUCAAAGUAAGCAAGUAAAUUUGUUAUUCUACUUGGCUAGAAAAGAGGCUAGUUGUCUUCUUUUCGUUAUCCAAUUUUCACAAAAUAAAUGUCAUCUUUUGAAGUUUAUAUGUCA